AUGGAAAGUUUUUUAGUUGACCUUUAUUUAGUUGACUGUUAUGCAGAGAUAUAUUUAGAAUUUCCAAACUUUCCAAAAAAUAUUGAUGAAAUGAAAAUUGCUCGUUAUUUACUUCAACAGAUUUUCAACUCCACCUUUGAAUAUGUUAAUUUUAGUGAUUUUAUAUUUAAUCCGCAAAUUAUUGAAUUAUUAUUUGAUGAAGGAAAAACAAAAAUACCUCUACAAAUUCAUUCUAAAAGAGCUAGACUAUACAUUAGAAAUAAGAUUGAUGAAUAUUUUUAUAAAUUUAUACUGAAUUAUCUAGUAGUUUCUCAUGAAUUAAUCUUGACACUCAAACGACACACCAAAAAAGAACAUAUAAAUAAUUUGUUUAAAUUUUUGACAAAUGGAGGAAAUAGAUUUUCUUAUGUUUAUUGUGAAUUUCAUGACUUAAAACUUAUCAAUUUAUUUAUACAGUAUAUAGAAACAUCAAAAAAUAUUUCUAAAAUGGUGAAGAAAAUCAGCUUCGAACGUGUCCGUGGAGAUCUUUUGAUAAGUGAAAGGGCAGAAAAUAUUGAAAGGAAUGAAGACAUACAUUAUAAAUACAUAAAAUAUCAACUUUCUAAUAAAUACAAUCCAAAAACGAUGUUUUCGAUUUAUAGCAUACGAAGUAUGUUUGGUUUGGAAGCUACAAUUAAAAGAAUUGAUUAA